AUGACCCAAGAGAUUAGGGAGGCAGCAAGCCACCCGGACCACCUGACGGCCACCUCGCCUCCGGCAGCCAGCCCCUCGCUGCAGCCCCUCGGCCCAGAGGACGAAGAAGCCAGCAUGGAUGAAUAUGACCAGUACAGUCUGGAGCAUCCCUACGUGGCCGGGGGAGGCUGGAAAGGUCGCACCAAGAGAGAUGCUGCGGCCAAAACUAACCGCCUCAGCCCCGGUGGGCACCAGAGGAAGCUGCUGACCAAGUUCCAGAACUCAGAGAAGAAAAAGAUCCGGUGCUGAGACAUAGCUGGGGAUCAGACCAGGCCACACCACGGACACCACACCCAGCAGUGGAGACAGGACUGCAGAGGAAUUAGCAUCUGGGAGCAGGAACCAGACCUGCUUGGCUCCCUCCCCACUCCCAGGACUUACCCCACCUAAGCGAGGCCCCAGGGAGACCCCCGAGAAAGCACCUGCAGGCCCAGCCAAAGGGCAGCUAGGAGCAGAGGCUGAACUGGAGAGGCAGAGCCAGGAAGCUUCCUCCCCAAAAGAAACUGGAGCCCCACCCCCACCCAGGGUGACAGUGACAAUAAACAAAGCACAGAAGCUG